AUGGUCCAUUCGUUCCUGCUCAAGAUCUCGGCAUUGACUUCGUCGACGCUGCUGGCAUCGACUCUGCUGGCGUCGCCAGGAGCUGCUAACCCAGCUCCAGGCACUGUCCUACUCGAGCAUGUAUCUGGCUCCCGUGCCGAAGUCGCUGUCCUCGGCGCACAAGUGAUAUCGUUCUACACGGCCGAUAAUCCGAACGUGAACGUGCUGUUCAUGGCCGACGACCCGUCGACCUCCGACGGUGUGACACCCAUCCAAGGCGGUCUCACCCCCCGUGUUCCCAUACUACGGGACCGCCCCAAGCGGCUAUUCCAUCCCCCUGAACGGUUUUGCCCGCACCAUGAAGUGGGAAGUCAGCAGCGUGACUCCGGCGACCAAUCGCGAUAG